AUGGCGAUGACGACGCCGGCUACGGCGCUGCCGACGGGACCUGGUGGUAUGCCGGGAUACAUAUGGAACUUACCUGCGAUGCCGCCGCCCGAGGGGCAGGCGUCGAAUUUCGUGAACCCGGAGUCUCGCGAUAUGGAGUUGAUUGUUAUGAAUGCGGUGUUUUUGAGUGCGACGGUGGUGGCGGUCGCGGUGCGGUUUGUUGCGCGGCGUACGGCUAAGGAUGUUGUUGGGUGGGAUGGAGUCAUGUGUGUUCUUGCGACAAUGGCUUCGGCUGCGCAUAGUGGACUUAUGAUUUCGGGUCUCGAUAUUGGAUAUGGGAAGCAUCUUUGGGAUAUUCGCGCCGUCACCUUGACGCAUUCGAGACUACUGCAACUCAACCAACUAUCCACACUAUACAUCGUCGGUAUCUGCUUUGCCAAACUAUCCGUCCUGCUACUCUACCUCCGCUUCUUCAACGUCGUCGAGUUCACCCGCCACCUCAUCUACUUUGGCAUAUUCCUGACACUGUUUACAUCUGCGGCGUUCAUGGGCCACGAGAUUGCGCAGGCAGUGCUGUGCAUGGGUGUGUCGGCUGUGACGAACCAGUUCUGUAAAGCAGUCAACAAGGUCGUGACUAUCCAAGCUGCUGUCAAUGUCUUCAUCGACUUUUACAUUCUGGUAAUACCGCUACAGCAGGUGUGGAAGCUGAAUAUGGAUUAUCGAAGGAAGCUUGGAGUUGGUGCUGUUUUUGGAGUGGGUCUUGUGGCAUGUAUCGUCAGUGUGGUUCGCAUGGGAUGGUCAAUUCGGAAUCUCAACGAGUCUGAUCACUUCUGGGCAGCCGUUCUCACCUCGGAGAUGACGAUCGUAGAGCUGAACACAGUCAUUAUUGCGCCUUGUCUGGUGUUUUCUCCGGCUUUUGUAAAGCGCAGCAGAAGCGGACUUUCCAGUCUUCGCACAAGACUGGUUAGCAGCGGGCAAAGAACACCGUCCAAAGACUCGCUCUCGGAUGUAUAUCACGACAAAGCGUACAGCGACGCCCCAAAGCCUCAGAUUGUACCACUACAGUUUGUUACAACUCCUAAAGACUACAUCGAGCCCGCAAAACCCGCUGCUACACAUGGCCGGUAG